CUCGAUAGCUUUGUCAAAUUAGCUAACAGCAGCUCACGUCUGUCGACAGCAUGUCCACUCAACACGCCAUGAAAUCCCAUCAAAUUCACAACGCAGAUAGAUACCCUUUAUAGGUACGCUAUAAACUAGAGGUGGUCAGGAUGGGGGAGCGGCCUGUUGUUACCCCCUCAGCUGGGAUCACUCCAGUGCAGCAGAUGCUGGCCUCUGGCACUGGGGCGCUGCUCACAUCAGUGUUCGUCACACCACUGGACGUGGUGAAGAUAAGGCUGCAGGCCCAGCAAACACCAUUCUAUCAAGCUUUAGCUGCUGACUCUGCUUCAUGGAGUGGUGUAAUCCGCCCCGCCAAAUGGAAGUGCUUCCUGUAUUGUAAUGGCCUGAUGGAUCACAUCUAUGUGUGUCAGUAUGGGGCCAGCUGCACCAGCUGGUACAAAACACCAACCCACUUCAGUGGCACCCUGGAUGCUUUUGUGAAGAUCACGCGCAACGAGGGGGUCAGGUCUCUGUGGAGCGGGCUGCCUCCCACACUGGUGAUGGCGGUGCCUGCCACGGUCAUCUACUUCACCUGCUAUGACCAGCUCAGAGACUUACUGCGCUACGGCAUGGGGUUCCAAGGCAACUACAUCCCCCUGGUGGCAGGGGGUCUCGCUAGACUGGGAGCAGUGAGUGUGAUCAGCCCAUUAGAGCUGGUGCGUACCAAGAUGCAGUCCCAGAAGCUGACCUACAGCGAGCUGAGGGUGUGUAUCCGCUCUAGUGUUGCCCAGGAUGGCUGGCUGUCCCUGUGGAGGGGUUGGGGACCCACCGUCCUACGAGACGUCCCCUUCUCAGCCCUGUACUGGUUCAACUAUGAGCUGGUGAAGGCCCAGCUGUGUGAUCAGUACGAUGUGUCUCAGGCCACCUUCUCCAUCAGCUUCACAGCAGGGGCCAUCUCUGGAGCUGUGGCUGCCAUCAUGACCCUACCUUUUGACGUGGUGAAGACGCGAAGACAGAUCCAACUGGGAGAGAUGGAGACACUGGGAGUCCCUAUGAAGAAUCCCACAUCCACAUGGCAUAUCAUGAGGGGAAUUUGGGCUGAAUCGGGAUACAGGGGGCUCUUUGCAGGUUUCCUACCCAGGGUGAUCAAAGUGGCCCCAGCCUGUGCUGUCAUGAUCAGCACCUAUGAGUUUGGGAAGAUCUUCUUCCAGAAGAUGAACCUUGACCGGGAGCAACAGGCCUGCUGAGGGGCUGUGUGUGUGGAGAAGCAGGGUAGGCUGCCUUCUUCUGGGGCAGAAUGGGAAGAGACUAUUAGCAGCUGCCAAUGCACUGCAAGCUGUGCAAGACUGCUCCUGGUUAAGACUUUGCACCUAGAAACCUGAGCUUCAAAUCACCCUGGAGGAGUCUCUGUCUCUCAAUUCAGACAAAGGCAAAGACAUAGUGUAAAGUGGAUAUUGUAAAGUGGUUGUUCCACUGGAUAUCAUAAGGUGAAUGCACCAAUUUGUAAGUCGCUCUGGAUAAGAGCGUCUGCUAAAUGACUUAAAUGUAAAUGACAUGAGGAAUGGGCUUUUUUUUGUCUGUUUUCUAGCCCUUUCUAUUGGCCCACAGGGAGGCUACUCCUACAACUGUGAACACUGUCAUACGUGUAUCCAUGAAUGUGUCCAUUAGUUAAAUUCAGAACUGUGGGGGAACAGCCCUGUGACCUAAGGCUUAUUCAGACUUUAGCAUGCUUUCCUUGCACGCUAAAAGGUGUUCAUCUUUGCUAGUACAGCCCCCUGCUGUUCAUACUUGGGAGAACACUUCUAACAACAACCCUAAAAAAACUGCAUGCAACCUAAUCCAUUCAAUCAAGACCUUCCCUUCAACUACUAGCCCAGACCAAAUGCAUGGCUGAGCUGGGAUGAGUAGAUAUUCUUAAUGUAGCAUUCUCUCAUAUUGAUUUAUCAUCUGACCAAUGGUAGCCUACUAUUCAAUGUCCAUUUUUGUGAUGGGAAUAAACACAAUACUUAUGUAGGUGGGUUACCAUGGCUCCUUCCCCUAGGAUGAGAACUGGGUUUUAUGAGUUAAUUUGGUACAUGUUAUUCAAUCAAAUGAAAUACUUCAGACAAAACAGCUGACAAAUUGACUAUGCAAUCUAAAAGGGGUUGACAUACAUUUUAUUUAUUUUUUACAUGAUUGAAUGUAUUCAGGUGUUCUGUUGAUCCAUUUCAGAACUGGGCUGAGUCAAUAUAGUUUUUUGAAGAAUGUUCAUUAGAUUUUUUUUUCAGCAUUUCAGAAAGAUCUGGAGUUCUACUAACUAGGCUACUGGACUGAACUGAGUUGUUGCCUUGAUCUUAAAUUUGUGUGUUUAUUAUUUCUUGUGUACAUUACAUGGAUGUAUAGAAUGUUUUAUAUGCUGUGACUGGUUUUACUAUUUUUUUAUUCAGUCAGAGGGAUACAGAUCAUCUAACAGAAUGCCUAAUUGGAUUCAAAGACAUUUAAAUAUAUAUAUAUAUUAUUUCACCUUUAUUUAACCAGGUAGGCUAGUUGAGAACAAGUUGAGAUGGACAGUUGUAAAAUAAAAAAGGUGUUGCACCAAU